UUUUCCCCAUUUAUUUAUAGUUAUAUCCCACUUUACAAACAGAACAAUGAGAGCAGAGGGCAAAAAGAAGCUGCCCCAUGGGAGAGGGGGCAGGAAAACAGCUCUGGUUGAGGCCUACAGUGGGGUGUGCCAUAGCCUUUUGGGGUCUCUUUUUUCACCAGUUUGAGGGGUCAAAGCUGAUCUUAUGGGGGAGGAAUGAGCAAAGCUUCAUUUGGCCCAGGAGCCCGAAAGAGAAGGCCAAAAUGGAUGAUGAAGUCCUUGGCUACAAGGAUUUGGCAGCAAUCCCCAGGGACAAGGCAAUCCUGGACAUCGAGCGCCCUGACCUGAUGAUCUACGAGCCCCACUUCACCUACUCCCUCCUCGACCGAGAGCCCUCGCUCUCGCCCACGUCCCUCUCUCCUCCCCCAUCUCCAGAAGUCAGCCGCGGCUGGGCGGAGGCCAAGUCUCCGGGAAGCACUGCACAGGCCUCUGGACGCCGUCCCAGCAGCAGAAGCCGCUCUGGAGUCCAGCACUUCCACCAUCCUGAGACCAACACAAUGGAGAUGAACAUCUACAAGAAGCCACCCAUCUACAAGCAAAGGGAGGCUGUGAUGGCACCAACUCCCGAGAGCAAACGGCUGGUUGAGGGCCUGAUCAUUGAAUCCUCCAAAUUCCCUGCUGCUCAGCCGCCAGAUCCCAAUCAGCCGGCCAAGAUUGAGACCGACUACUGGCCCUGCCCACCAUCCCUGGCAGUUGUAGAGACCGAGUGGCGGAGGCAAAAGGCAUCCAAGAGAGGAGAGGAUGAGGACGAGGACUCAGAAGAAAUGAAAACUCUCCGUGAGCUGCAGGAGCAAGAGCUGAGCAAGGUUGCCUCCAAUCUGGGCAAACUCAUUCUGAAGGAGGAGAUGGAGAAAUCUCUCCCAAUCCGGAGGAAAACCCGCUCCCUUCCAGAUCGAACUCCCUUCCAUACCUCUUUGCAUGGAGGAAGCUCAAAAUCAGCAUCCCUUCCUGCCUCUGGGAGAAGUACGCUUGCCAGGCUGCAGUCCACAGAGUUCAGCACUGCUGGGAGUGAGAAAGGCAGUCCAGGUCUGCAGAACGGCCAAAGAGGGCGUAUGGACAGAGGGAGCUCCCUUCCCAGCAUGCUGGAGCAAAAGAUUUACCCGUAUGAGAUGCUGAUGGUGACCAACCGAGGAAGGGUCAAGCUGCCUCCAGGAGUGGACCGGACGCGACUUGAGCGGCAUUUGUCACCUGAGGACUUCCAGCGGGCCUUUGAAAUGCCUCCGGAGGAGUUUUCCAAACUGGCUCUGUGGAAGCGGAACGAGCUGAAGAAGAAAGCCUUUCUCUUCUGACUCCCUCGCCAGCCACCCUGCUCAGCGUGAGCUCCACGUGUGUCGUGCAUCGCAGAGGCUUUAGCGCGCCUCUUGAGCGGGCUCCAAGGAAUACUCCUCACCCAUCCCAGCUAAGAGGGAGCCGGUGGGCCCCACUCAGGCAGGGGGGAAAGGAGCAGCCUGUAGCAAGAGGAACCAACAGUUCCCCCCCCGCCACCCCUGAGCAUGAGCCAGAACAUGGAGGAGUUGGGUGGGGAGAGGGAGCAGCUGCGUCCAGAGAGCCUGGCCCUGGGACCAGAGCACCGACCCUGCCUCUUGGCACCUGAGGCGCAUCUCAUCGACUGCCAGUCAGCAGGAGUGAUGCCAUCUAAAUCUCAGUGCCUUGGUUGUUCCUGUGGCCCUUGGCCAAUGGCCUUGCUGUCCCUCAGCAAGCUUUGUGCAGCAGCACCCCCCCCAAACAGAACACCUUUAAGAGCCAUCCAUUUCUCCUCCCCUCUCCAUUUCCCAGGCUUGUAGUGCUUGCCCCAUCCUCUUCCUUUCAGUUUGGUGAGCCGUGGGGCCUUCUAACCCUGCAGAGUCAGCGUGGGCUUCCAGGUGGGGCUCUGGACAAAAGGGCAGCCUGCCUGUGCAGGCCUUUGUCCUGGCUGCAGAUCGCUUCUGCCUGUCCUGCCCAAGCCACCCCAGGAAGUUGGGUGAUUGCUCCCCCAGGAACAGGGGGAGGUGUGUGGGGCUGGGCCCCCAAGGCUCUCUUUCGCCUUACCCAGGGCCUGCUGUUUCUGCAUCCCCUUCCCCAGAAACACUAAGACUGCCCUGCAACGUGACUGUUUCUGUGACAGUUUGAAUCAUUCCAGAGGAAGAAUUGGUGUAACUUAGCCCCAAGAUCCUCUAAGGCUAAAAAAACAUGAUGGCAAAGUGAGCUGCCUUGAGCACCAACCCGCCAGAGGCUCUCUGUGGAGCUGGCAGACAAGAAGGCAGCUGCUCCUCACCUUGGUGUAAAAGGCAAGGAGUUAGAACUCCUCCUCCCUCCGCCCCACUACCAUCUCCCAUCCUGCUUGCUGUGGAAGGGAGAAGGGGGGAAAGGUUUUCUGCAGAAGUUUCCACGCUGCCUCUCUCUUCCUGCAAGGGGCUGCUGCCACAGUGAACUGCCACAACACUGAGGCUGAACCUGCCUCCUGAGUGGCUGCCUGCAGAUGACCUUUCACAUGCAGCUGAAUCAAGAGUGUGCCAAGUUAAAGCAGGGACACAGCUCUUGAAGUGAGGCUCCAUUCCAUCCAUCAUCAACCAAGCAGGCACUUGAUCAGCUCAAGCAAACACCAUAGACGUGGACAUGACCAUGAAGGCCAUUGAUGAGCAACAAGAAUUUGUUGGCGAGGGGGUCUUGAGCAGAGCAGCAGCUGAUUGCCUCAAUCAGCUGCUGUUGACUGGAGGGGGGGCAAUGGUUGGGGGAUUUGAGUGGUCAGGAGGCACCUCUUCAUUCCAGCUAAGUUUAUGGGCACAAGGCUGAAAUCACAUUCCUCUCUGCAGGCCUUGAAGUUGUUAAGGAGUCUUCAGCCCCCCCAUGAAAAGGAAACCCCCAAAGAAGAAAGACCUACCCAAAGUACCACUUGCAAACAAUAGCACCAAACUAAGUCAGAUCUAUGGGGUGUUUCAUAUGUGGGGAAGGAGGGCUCUCCAGCCAUCAUGCUCUUUGGCAAACAACCCAAAAAGGAUGUCAUGUUCAGCAGAAGGGAGGAUUGAGUCUGAAGCGAUCAGCUCUUUGAGGAACCCAGCAGAGUUUGGCAUGGGCAUGAAGGAAGCUGCAGCCUUUGUUGCAUUCCAGGCAUAGAGGUGGAGCUACUGAUGCCCAGGGAGAUGAGGCACCUUCCCUGAAAUGGCAAAUCAUGAGAUGGGGUAAGUGUCCCACCUAAACUCCAGCUGCCUGGACUGUCUGAGAACAACACAGAUUGUGGAAACUGCCUUUGAAGGCUCUGCCACAAGAGCCUGGAACUCAGCUCAAUGCCCCUUCCUCCAGACAAUUUCUGCCCGCCAUGCUGUUCCCUUCCCAGCCACUCAACUUUGUGCAGAUGUAGAGUGUAAUUAGAAGUCACUGGCUUCUACUCUCUUCCCACUGCUACUUAUGUGAACAUGUUGUUAAAUAUGGACCUCUAACAGUAGUUCAGUCCCACCAACCUACUUUUGCUGAUGUCAGAAUCUGUGACAAUUUCCUCUUUUUAAUUAAACGUGAAGCAGCUUUAUUCAAAAAGCCUUGUUCUUGGCUGGUGUCUCCUUGGAGUUUGGGUUGCUGUGUGGUUCAGUCUUGGGUGACAGAAUUCUAAAGCAUUCUGGCUAAUCUGGCUGUUGCAGAGAUUGUUUACUGCAAACGACUGGAGUCCUGCCCCAGCUGUAGGACCUCUGCUCGGGCACUCCAUGUUGAGCAGAGGUGGCCUUCUGCCAGCCAGGGAGAGCUAAGACUUUUGCUGUUUCCUGGGGAGGAACACGUUGCCCUGGAUGAACAGGCAGGCCACCUGGGGAGGAGGGGCUGUGUCUGUGGGAGCUUCUGCCUGAAAUGAAGCACCAAGGCAAAACACACUGGCAAAAACUACACCGAAGAACUUUAUUUUUUCAGCAAGGAAUACAGGAAGCUCCAGUUUAGAUUAGAUGCCUUUUUAUUCAGCAGGCCUGCCACAGUGGAUCCUUCUCUGCCUUCUUAAUGGGACUCAGCUCAGAAUAAUCUUGAAGGUACCUUCCUCGUCUUGGUUGGUUAGUUCUCCCAGCUGAAGCCCUGUCACCAUUGCUACAGAUGUCACCUAUUUACAACUGGCUGAGUAACAGGAACCUCAUCA